CCGGAAGAAAACACCGCCGGUGGGGAUCGGCGCCGUCGUGUCCUAGUCUUCCCGCUUCCGUACCAAGGCCACAUGAGCCCCAUGUUCCAUCUUGCCGGCCUCCUCCACGCGCGCGGCUUCGCAGUCACCGUCUUCCACACCGACUCCAACGCGCCCAACCCGUCCAGCCACCCUGAGUACGACUUCGUGGCCGUUCCGGACGGCAUGCCGGCGGCAAAGCAGGACGUGGUGAAGGUCAUUGAGCACGUACUCGCCUUGAACCGCUCCUGCGAGGAGCCGUUCCGGGAACGCCUCGCGGCCCUGCUGGAGGCGCCGGGGGCCAGGGACGACGUCGCGUGCCUGGUUGCCGAUUCGCACCUGCUGACGCUGAUGGAUGUCGCACGGCAGCAGGGCGUGCCGACGCUGGCGCUGCGCACCGGCAGCGCCGCCUCCUUCCUCUGCUUCGCGGCGCACCCGAUGCUCUGCGAGAAGGGCUACCUCCCUCCUCAAGAGUCUCAGCUGGACGCGCCGGUCAAGGAGAUGCCGCCGUACCGCGUCAGGGACCUGAUGGGCGCCACAAGAAGUGGGCACGAGCACGACAUAGCGAGCGAGCUGCUGUCCCGCGCCGUGGAGGCGAUGAGGACCUCGUCGGGGCUGAUAAUCAACACCUUCGACGCCCUCGAGGCUGCCGACCUAGCGGCGGUCCGGCGGGACCUCGCUCCACCAGUGUUCGACAUCGGCCCGCUCCACAAGGCAUCUCCGGCAGCGAGCGCCGCGUCCAGCAGCCUGCUUCGGCAGGACCACGGCUGCCUGGAGUGGCUGAACUCGCGGGCUCCGGCGUCCGUGCUGUACGUCAGCUUCGGCAGCCUGGCCAGCGUGGGCAGCGCCGACUUCGUGGAGACGGCGUGGGGCAUCGCCGGCAGCGGGCAGCCGUUCCUGUGGGUGCUCCGUCCGGACCUGGUGCGCGGAGACACGCGGGCCGCCCUCCCCGACGGCUUCGACGCCGCGACGGUCGGGCGGGGCAUGGUCGUGAGCUGGGCGCCGCAGGAGGAGGUCCUGGCGCACGCCGCCGUGGGCGGGUUCUGGACGCACUGCGGGUGGAACUCGACGCUGGAGAGCGUGUGCGCCGGCGUGCCGAUGCUGUGCCGACCCAGCUUCGGGGACCAGAUGGGCAACGCGAGGCACGUCGAGCACGUCUGGCGGGCCGGGCUCUCGCUGGAAGGCGAGCUGGAGAGGGGCAAGGUCGAGUCGGCCAUCAGGAGGCUGAUGCAGAGCGAGGACGGAGAGGAGAUGAGGAGGCGAGCUCGCGAGCUCAAGGACAGAGCAGCCGAAUCCAUGGCCCUCGAUGGAUCUUCAAGCAUCAACAUCGGCAAGUUGGUCAGUUACAUUCUGGGCCUUUAGCUGUGCUGUGCAAGACUGGAAGUGAUUGUGUGUGCACCAAAUUUGAUCUUCUCUGUCCGCAUAUCUCUUCUCGCGUACAAACUUACAGCUACAGUUUUGUGGUUAAUAAUCUAAAAGA